CUAGCUUAUCAGAGGCAGGCAGCCUUAGUAGCUAAUUGUUGGGGUGUUUGCCCCCUUUCAGGCCGCCUGGACACCUCUCUGGAUUCCAGCCUCUAGGACUGGAGGCGGGGGACCGGGCAGGGGUAUGGGUAAGUAGUUGUGUUACAAGCUACUUGGCAAAACCUUGGGAAGCAGUAAAGCCUGUCCCCUCUGCAGGGGGCGCUGCUUGCUGCCCGGCCCCUCAGCCCUCACCUGCCGCUUCAGCCCCGCCCGCUGCGUCUCCAGGACUCUGAGCCAGGGCUGCCUGGAAUCUGCCUGGCAUCCGUGGAACUAGGGCUCUUCUGGACGAGGCUGAGACUCUUUGGUGCCUUCUAGUCCCUCUCCAUGAAUACAACAAAUAACACUACUGCGGGGCCCACAGAGCUCCUGACAGCCACAUCUCCUGGAGUGAUCAGUGGGAGCCGGGCAUGGCCUGUGCUGGUAGGGGUUGUGCUGGGAGCUGUGGUCCUCUCUCUCCUCAUUGCACUUGCUGCUAAAUGCCACCUCUGCCGCAAAUACCGUGCCAGCUACCAGCACCACCCACUGCCAGCGACCUCGAAGAGAGCCCACCCAGAGGUGGGUGAAGAUGAGGAUGAUGACGGUUUCAUUGAGGACAAUUACAUUCAGCCUGAGACUGGUGGAAUGGGGGGUAGCAGGGACCACUUCUCCCUCUGAGCCCUGCUAUUUGGCCAGACCUGCCCCCCAGAUGCCUGACAGCUUAGGAAUAGUGGAUACUGCAUGGGAGCCACAAGUCUCAGGGACAGAGGUGGCUAGAGCUUAAGGACUGCCUAGGGGUAAAGCAAGCCUCUUUUCCAUGAUACUAGCCACCAAAAUGACAAUGACCUCUUAUCCCCUCCUAUAUUUUUGGUGCUGGGGAUUGAAUCUAUAGCCUUAUACAUAUGAAACAUGUGCUCUUGCCACAUGAAUUAUAUCCCCAGUCCUGACUAUGACCAUCUCUAUUGUUCAAUAACCCUCAGUGACUCCCUGUUGCUCUCAGGAUAAAGCCUAACAAGGACCUGACCAUGGCAGUCAGGAUCCUGUCAAUCCCUCCUUACCUCAACCCACUUGACUCCCUGCCCAACUAGAUUUGUUACUGUUGUUCCUCUUCUACCAUGCUGUUUCUUCAUGCACCUUUGCUCAGACUCUCCCCUAUCCUACAUCGCCCUCCAUUUCUCCCAAAUCCUCUAUGUCAGUGAUGAAACACCCUUACUAAUAGGUUCCACAUGGCCUGCCUACCUGCUGGCAUUUCAGAGGUCUAGAUGUAACCAGUACCCAGGGAAAACCAGUGUGUCCUGUUUCUUCUUGUAAAGUUUCCCUGCCAGCAAGAAGAAUUGAACUGCUUAUAAUAUAUUAUGUUUUUCACAGAUAUUAAAAAUUGAUUUUCAUUUUAAGUGAAAAUAAAAAGAAGUCACUUUUUUUUUCUUUCCUGAACUGGCACUUGUGCAAUAAAAAUAUUCUUGUUGCUCAUAGUGGAAGAUGCUGCUGGGGCACCUACUCCUCCAGGGCAUCUUCCUGAGCCCUGCCCUCAGGACAUCCUGCAUAUUUCCUGGCCCUUCUUGGGUCUUAUGUGAAUCUUCAUUACAGUCUACCCUUGGCCCUAGUCUGUGACACUGAGCUCUCUGAGACUGUAGGGAGCAAUAUGUUCUGUGUCUUCAAAAUCUUAAACAUGGUAUAUGCUUAACAAAUAAUUGUCAAACUUGUUGAAUUACUGUGGGUUCAGGAGUGAGUAGUAAAAUUGGGAGUUGGGUCAAGUGUAGAAGACUUUAUCAAGAAACUUGAUGGAGAGCCAGGGAGAGAGCUCAGCUGUUAAGACUUACCUACCUGAGAUCCCAGAGACCCAGGGUUUUGUCUCCAGUACCACCUUAUGCCAAAGCCAAGUAGUGCACUGGUCUCUGCUUCUUUAUCUCAUAAUAGUGACCCAAGAUGUGGCAUAGUGGGUGAAGUGUUGGACUCUCAAGCAUGAGGUUCAGAGUUUGAUCUCUGGUACCACAUGUGCUAGAGUGAUUCUCUGUUCUCUCUCAUAUAUAAAUAACUCUUUAAAAAUAAAAUAAGGAAAUAAACCUAUGUUGUUAUUAAAAUCUUAAUGAAGAGAAAGAUAGAGUCAUAAAGUUUAAGGCAAGGGAAAUGUUUUAAGGUGACAGAGACAGGGUUAGCUUUUUUUUUUAUUACAAGCAAUAGAAAAGAGUUUCAGAGAAUAAUUUAAGGAACUGCUGGCUCAAAAGAGGAGGAAGCAGGUGGCCACAGCAGUCAGAGGUUACAUAUGAUAUUUAUUGUGCUCUGUAAUUUCUUAGUAUGAAUAAAGCUGCUUGCCUGUAA